CACUCCUCCUACACCCUCCCCUUUCUAUACUAUCUUCCCCUAACAGAUCCCUGACGGUGACUGGAGAGUUAAAACACAGAAAAUACGUCAGCAGCAACAAUCUCUUUCGGUAGGGGGGGUAGCUGUGUCUGUGUGAACAGCUCUACCAGGCUCUCCCAGCAUCAGUAUCGCUUCCUCUUAUUUCUGCACCUUAACGGAUAGGCACGGAUUGCAUUUGUACCGGGAAUUUUUGUUCUCAUUUUACGGGCGUCACCAUAACACCAUUGCAGGACGUGUUGGUUAUUUUGAUUCAGACUGGUGUUUUCGGCUAUAAUUUGCAAACCAUCGACAUAAUUUUAUUGCAGCCUGAAUAGCUUCUAGUACAAAAUGUUGGAUCCAUCGUCCAGCGAAGAGGAAGGGGAUGAGAUUGUGGAAGAGGAGAGCAGAGAAGCGAUGGCACCACAGGCCGGGGCUAGGCUGUCUCCGAGUCGCACUAGCGACAGCUCCGGUGGGCUACAGCCCAGUAGCCGGAGCAGUAGUGCCCGUCCGUCCAGCCCAAGUCCUUCGGUAGUUAGUGAGAAGGAAAAAGAAGAGGUGGAAAAAAUGCACCGAGAGGAAGAGGAACGAAAGAGGAAGCUUCAGCUCUAUGUAUUCGUCAUGAGAUGCAUUGCCUAUCCGUUCAAUGCAAAGCAGCCGACUGAUAUGGCGAGACGACAGCAGAAGAUAAGCAAGCAGCAGCUGCAGACAGUGAAGGAACGCUUCCAGGCUUUCCUCAAUGGAGAAACCCAGAUUGUGGCUGAUGAGGCCUUCAUCAAUGCUGUCCAGAGCUACUACGAGGUGUUCCUGAAGAGCGACCGUGUGUCUAGGAUGGUUCAGAGUGGGGGUUGCUCUGCCAGCGACUCCCGCGAGGUCUUCAAGAAGCACAUUGAGAAGCGAGUGCGCAGCCUGCCGGAGAUCGACGGCCUGAGCAAGGAGACAGUCCUCAGCUCCUGGAUGGCCAAGUUUGACACCAUCUACCGGGGCGAGGAGGACCCGCGCAAGCACCAGCAGAGGAUGACGGCCAGCGCUGCUUCCGAGCUCAUCCUCAGCAAGGACCAGCUGUACGAGAUGUUCCAACAGAUCCUGGGCAUCAAGAAGUUUGAGCACCAGCUUCUCUACAAUGCCUGUCAGCUGGAUAACCCAGACGAACAGGCAGCCCAGAUCAGAAGAGAGCUGGAUGGACGACUUCAGAUGGCCGAACAGAUUGCUAGAGGGGGCAAGUUUCCUAAAUUUGUGUCCAAAGAAAUGGAAGCCAUGUAUAUCGAGGAGCUCAAGUCCUCAGUCAACCUGCUGAUGGCCAACUUGGAGAGCAUGCCAGUGUCCAAGGGUGGAGACUUCAAACUGCAGAAGCUGCAGAAGAGAGGCCACAACACCUCCAUCAUCGACAUGGGACAGGAGGACGAGAACCAGCUCUCAAAGUCUGAUGUCGUGCUCUCCUUCACUCUGGAGGUUGUGAUUAUGGAGGUGCAAGGAUUAAAGUCUUUGGCUCCCAACCGCAUAGUUUACUGUACGAUGGAGGUGGAGGGUGGACAGAAGCUCCAGACUGACCAGGCAGAGGCUUCCAAACCCACUUGGGGAACUCAGGGGGAUUUCACCACGACUCACCCCCUUCCUGCUGUCAAAGUGAAGCUGUUCACUGAGAGCACAGGCGUCCUGGCGCUGGAGGACAAGGAGCUGGGCAGGGUUGUCCUGCACCCCACCCCCAACAGCCCCAAGCAAUCCGAAAUGCACAAGAUGCAGGUAUCCAAAGCCUGCCCUGACCACGACCUGAAGAUCAAGCUGGCCAUCCGAAUGGACAAGCCGCAAAACAUGAAGCACUGUGGGUAUCUGUGGGCGAUUGGAAAAAACGUAUGGAAGAGGUGGAAGAAGAGAUUCUUUGUCUUGGUGCAGGUCAGUCAGUACACCUUUGCCAUGUGCAGUUACAGGGAGAAGAAGGCGGAGCCACAGGAGCUGCUACAGCUGGACGGGUACACUGUGGACUACACCGACCCCCAGCCAGGUCUGGAUGGAGGCAGGGCUUUCUUCAACGCUGUGAAGGAGGGGGACACUGUGAUCUUCGCCAGCGAUGACGAGCAGGACCGCAUCCUGUGGGUGCAGGCCAUGUACCGGGCCACCGGUCAGUCUCACAAGCCCGUGCCCCCCACCCAGGUCCAGAAGCUCAACGCCAAGGGAGGGACCGCACCCCAGCUGGACGCGCCCAUCUCCCAGUUCUAUGCAGACAGAGCGCAGAAGCAUGGGAUGGAUGAGUUCAUCUCGGCGAACCCGUGCAGCUUUGACCACGCCUCGCUCUUCGAGAUGGUGCAGCGCCUCACCCUGGACCACAGGCUCAACGAUUCGUACUCGUGCUUGGGCUGGUUCAGUCCCGGCCAGGUGUUCGUCCUGGACGAGUACUGCGCCCGAAAUGGGGUGAGGGGUUGUCACAGGCACCUGUGCUACCUCAGCGACCUGCUGGAGCGAGCGGAGAACGGAGCCAUGAUAGACCCCACCCUGCUCCACUACAGCUUCGCCUUCUGCGCGUCUCACGUCCACGGAAACAGGCCGGACGGAAUAGGCACGGUUACCGUGGAGGAGAAAGAGCGCUUCGAAGAGAUCAAGGAGCGGUUGCGUGUGCUUCUGGAGAAUCAGAUCACGCACUUCAGGUACUGUUUUCCAUUUGGUCGUCCAGAAGGAGCAUUAAAAGCCACUUUAUCUUUACUAGAAAGGGUCCUAAUGAAAGAUAUAGUAACCCCUGUUCCGCAAGAGGACGUCAAAGCUGUGAUCCGCAAAUGUCUGGAGCAAGCAGCACUGGUCAACUACCAGCGGCUCUCUGAGUAUGCCAAAGUGGAAGGGAAAAAGAGAGAAAUGUAUGAACAUCCUGUCUUCUGCUUGGCGUCUCAAGUGAUGGAUUUAACCAUUCAGAACGUAGGGCGCUUAAUCACCCCUGCCAAAAAGCUGGAGGACACGAUUCGCCUGGCCGAGCUGGUCAUCGAGGUGCUGCAGCAGAACGAGGAGCACCAUGCGGAGGCCUUUGCCUGGUGGUCAGACCUCAUGGUGGAGCACGCAGAGACCUUCCUGUCCCUGUACGCCGUAGACAUGGAUGCCGCACUUGAGGUCCAGCCCCCGGACAGCUGGGAUAGCUUCCCUCUCUUCCAGCUGCUCAAUGACUUCCUCCGGACCGACUAUAACCUGUGUAAUGGGAAAUUCCACAAACACCUGCAGGACCUCUAUGCUCCACUCGUGGUUAGAUAUGUGGACCUGAUGGAGUCAUCCAUCGCGCAGUCAAUACAUAGGGGCUUUGAACGGGAGUCAUGGGAGCCCGUAAAGAGUUUAACAAGUAAUCUGCCAAAUGUGAAUCUUCCAAAUGUCAACCUACAAAUUCCAAAAGUACCAAAUCUACCAGUACCAGUUAACCUCCCACAAAUGCCUAGCUUUUCCACUCCAUCAUGGAUGGCCGCUAUUUAUGACUCUGAUAAUGGCUCUGGGACCUCAGAGGACCUCUUCUGGAAGUUGGACGCCCUGCAGACCUUCAUCCGGGAUCUGCAUUGGCCCGAAGAGGAGUUCGCCAAGCACCUGGAGAGUCGUCUGAAACUCAUGUCCAGUGACAUGAUCGAGUCUUGUGUCAAACGAACCAGGGUUGCUUUCGAGUCGAAGCUUCAGAAAAGCAGUCGGACAACAGAUUUCCGCGUCCCGCAGUCAAUAUGCACCAUGUUCAACGUGAUGGUGGACGCCAAGGCCCAGACUGCCAAGCUGUGUGCCAUGGAGCUCGGCCAAGAGAGACAGUACCAUUCCCAAAUUGAUAGCCUCAUUGAAGAAACCGUCAAAGAGAUGAUCACUCUCCUGGUGGCAAAGUUUGUGGUCAUUCUAGAGAGUGUCCUAGCCAAGCUGUCCCGAUACGACGAGGGAACUCUCUUUUCCUCCUUCCUCUCUUUCACAAAGCCGGGGAUGGACGUGGCCGACGGAUACGUGACCUUUGUGCGGCACUCUCAGGACAUUCUGCGGGAUAAGGUCAAUGAGGAGAUGUAUAUAGAAAGGUUAUUUGAUCAAUGGUACACCAGCACCAUGAAUCUACUGGGCACCUGGCUCACUGACCGCAUGGACCUACAGCUCCAUGUCUACCAGCUGAAAAUUCUCAUCAGGAUUGUAAAGAAAAAGUACCGGGACUUCCGGCUGCAAGGUGUGCUGGACUCCACUCUGAACAGUAAGAUGUACGAUACGGUGCGAAACCGCCUGACGCUUGAGGAGGCCACCGCCUCGGUCAGAGAAGGUGGCAUGCAAGGGAUAUCCAUGAGGGACAGCGAUGAGGAGGACGAGGACGAUGACUAGCGCAUCACUACCGGUGCCCACCUUCGACUUAGCCUCGUAACCAAUGCAUGUAUACCAACUCCGUUGUUCAGUUAGCCACUCUAGAAUUUUCAUUUAUUUAUUUUUUCGGUCAGGUCUAAAUGCCCAUGAAGGAACAAUAAACAAUAAAAGAAUAGUAAAAAAAUAAAUUAAUAAAUGGCAACAACAACAACAACAACAACAAUAAUAAUAAUAAUAAUAAUGGCAAAAAAGAUCAACAUUUUAGGUGUUAUAAGGUUAGCGCCAAUCUUUGAAUAAGUGAUUUCGAAAUUUGUUUCUAUAUGUUCCUAAGCAAUAUGGAGUACCAUUUGUUUGACAAUGUUGAGUGAGAUACUUAGGAAUUCUGCUAGGUGUGUCCCUGUUAAAUGCAAACCUAUAUGGCGCUUCUUUAAUGUACUGUACAUACGUUGAUGGUACAUUGUUGUGGAGAUAAGUGUAUACAUUUUUGUUUGUAUCAUUUGUUUUUAAGUGGAUGCCUCCUGCUGAAAAUACAAAACACCCACUGUACUUAAGUUUAUGAAAUGGUAAAAUGACUGUGUUCAUCACCUGCACACUUCGAGCGUUCUUGUACCUUUCACAGUUUAUGUCAUUACUCAAGUCGACAUUCUCUGGAAUCACUGUUCUCAAACACGUUGUCAAGACAAUUUUUUUAUUGAAAUGAGUUGGUAUUUUUAGAAAUGCAAUAUAUUCAUGGCUCCAUUGUGAUAUCUCGUUGGACAUCAUCCGUGACAUUUUUUAUGGUUUAGAACUUUUUUCAAUUUCUAAAUUAUUACAUUUUUUUUUAGUUAAGUAGCACUUUUACAUAACCUAUACAAAGGUAAACAAAAAAAAUAUAUAUACAUGUUCCUGUAUCUUAUUUAUGUCUCGUUUUAGCCAUUCCUGGAAAUUAUUGUAUGUUUCUGAUUUUUUUAAUUAUUAUUAUUUUGUAUAUGGGUAGUAUGCGAUGUCUGGAACUCCGGUCUGUCCCACUAUUGUUUUGUACAUACAAUGCUGUACAUUGCCUUCUGAGAAGUAUCUGCAUGUCACAGACACCCCACCCUCUCUAAAAGCUUUCCUUUCUGUUAAAGUAGCUGGUGGAUUCAUCUUGCUUCUGCCUUAUGAAAGCCUACAGUUGUAAUAUGCAAGAACUGUGGCCUCUGAAUAAAAAUAACUGUACAAAUAUCAA